AUGUUUUUUCGCUUCUUUUCCUUCUUCUUUCUAGCGUUUUUAUUCUUUUGUUCCAUUUUCUUUUUCUAUAAUAGAUUCUCUUUUUCUUUUCUUUUUUUUUUUUUUUACUUUCUUCUCUCCAGCCAUUAUUUCACCAUUUUUUUUUAUCUUUACUUUUUUUUUUUCAGUCUGUAUUUUUUUUACCCUUCUUUUAACGCUAUUUUUUUUUAUUCUGCUCUUAAUAUUUUACCAUUUCUUUACCUUUUCUUUAUUUUAAUUUAUUUCCCUUUCAUUCUUUCUUUUUUCUUUCUUUUUUUUUCUCGACAUCUUUCGCUAAUCAAUAACAGUGUUUCUCUCCUCUGUUUUAUAUUCAAUGUCCCUUUUUUUAUUAUUUGUUUCAUUAUUUCCCUUUCCUUUUCUUUUUUUACAUCACUCUCUUUUCUGAUCUUUCAUGCAAACUGUCGAAUUUUCUUUCUUUUGUUCUUGACAUUUCUAACAUUUUUAAAUUUUUCUUUCUUUCACACGCUCUUUAAUUUUUUCUUUCUUUCAUUCUUUCCCGCGCUCUUUAAAUUCUUCUUUCUUUCCCGCGCUCUUGAAAUUUUCCGCUCCUUCCCGUUAAUUUUUUUCUUUUUUUCUUUUCCGCUCUCUUUAAACUCUUCUUUCUUUCCCACUCUCUUUAAAUUCUUCUUUUUUCCCGCGCUUUUAAAUUCUUCUUUCUUUCCCACUCUCUUUAAAUUCUCCUUUCUUUCCCGCGCUCUUGACAUUUCCCGCUCCUUCCCGUGCUCUUUAAACUCUUCUUUCUUUCCCGCUCUCUUUAAAUUCUUCUUUUUUCCCGCGAUUUUAAAUUCUUCUUUCUUUCCCGCGCUCUUUAAUUUCUUCUUUCUUUCCUGCGUUCUUGUAAUUUUACUUUCAUUCUCACGUUCUUUUAACUUUCAUUUUCUCUCCCUUUUUCUCUCCUCCCAUUUUCUUAACUGCAACUAUGCUACACUCUAUCUCCGACAAUUGCUUUAUACAUAUUCUCUCUCUCUCUCUAUAAAAAUUGCACUUCUCUCCUUUCAUUUCAUUAUCCUUCUCUCUCUCUCUCUCUCUCUCUCUCUCUCUCUCUCUCUCUCUCUCUCUCUCUCUAUUUAUUCCUCUCUUUGCCCUUCCCUCUUCUUUUUUCCUACGUUCACUAAUGCUUAUCUAUAUAUUUCCUUGGGAUGCAAUAUGCACAACCUGCCAAGGAUUAGGCCACUGUGGCAUCCCAUUAGCCAAAGCGACAUUCCGGGGCCACUGAGAUUUGUAAAAGACCAGGCCUUCACUGGCGCCAUCGUUCUGUCUUGGAGAAAAGGAUGA